AUGUCCGAAUAUGGUGCUCCUGGAGGUUUGAAUGAUGACCUCUCGCUACCGAAGGCCACGGUGCAGAAGAUAAUCAGCGAGAUUCUCCCAAACGAGUUCACCUUCACCAAAGAUGCCAGAGAGGCUUUGAUAGAGUGUUGCAUAGAGUUCAUCAUGAUGUUGUCUACAGAAUCGAACGAUAUCGCGGAAAAGGAAUCAAAAAAGACCAUAUCCACAGAUCAUGUGAUAAAUGCGUUAAAUGAACUGGGGUUCGUUGACUACGUUCCACACAUAGAGAAGCUUCUCUCAGAGCAUAAGGAAAUCUCCAAGGGCAAAGAUAGAAGAAACAACAAAUUUCAGAAUAGCGGGCUUUCUGAAGAGGAGUUGCUCAAACAACAAGAGGAGUUGUUCAGAGCUAGCAGAAAUAGGCUACAGCAAAACCAGGUGCCCGUCAAGGAUGAGAACGAUACCGACUAA